UGUUGGACCUGUAGUCUUCUCUGUCUAACACACGUACGCUACACUAUGGACAGAGUGUGGGAUAUAUUACUAGCAUUUAGAUGUUUCAUGGGUAAAUUUACGCUGAAUCGAAGUAUAAGUCAAACAAGUAAAAGGUAGCUAAUAUUCAUACAGUACUAUAUACUGUAUGUGCACACAAUGUCUACCAUGUUAACCUAUAUCCUUAUCAACAUUGAAGGGGUAAUACAGUAAAACUAGUGAGUAAAUUCCCAUAUCACACAAUUAAUUAGGUAGACUGGUCCAAUUUACAUCUAUAAUACAUGUAUAACAGUGCUUUAGCCUUUGUGCCAGGUGACUUCAGGCUCACUGUGUAGCAGUUGGCAAUAGCCAGGAUAUCUCGUCAUUGCCUGCUGGCCAAUGAGCUUGAGCGUGACCACGGCUGAUCCUCUUCCUGACCACCUGUUGCAUCUUAGUGUUCCCUGCAGAGGUAUCCUCAGAGCAUGGGAACUAUUGCAAUGAGCUACAGAGAACAUGUUUUCAAAAAUACCAGCACAAUCCAAAUCUCCAAAGAUUGUGUCUGUAUAAAUUAAGGAUCUGUGAGCUUACUGUUAAUUUUGCAGGAUGUCAAUGAGAACUCUUCCCCUAGUUUUGAUUAGUCUUGGAGGUGAGAUGCUUUAUAUCCUGGACCAACGGCUGGAAGCUCACAACACGUCUAAGAACAACUCUGAAAAAGCUACAAGAUUGUGGUCUGAACAUGACAGAAAGAGAGUGAUGAACGACAUUGUAGGGACCAUGUUUAGUAAUUCCUUCAUGGAUGAACUCCUGAAACCACAGGAGAUGUAUUCACACAGGACAAUGAAAGUCAUUCUGGGUCGUUUGGCGCACGUCUCCAUCAUGAGGCUGAAUGCAGUCAGCAUGGAAAAGCUCUAUGAGCUGAUGAUCAUGGCCUUCAAGUAUCAAGUGUUCCUGUGCCCACGCCCUAAAGACCUUCUGCUCAUCACAUACAAUCACAUCGACACCAUCAGGGAAUUUGUAAAAGACACCCCUAUGAUUGUAAACAAAGUAGAUGAGACACACAGGAAGCUCAUCGAGGCCUACUCCACUAUGACAGCAGGUGAAUUCCAGCUUCUGCGACAAACGCUCCUCACGUUCUUGCAGGACAUGCAUGUUCGAGUCUCUAUUUUCCUCAAAAAUCAAAUCCAGAAUCCUAAUGGCCGCUUUGCGCUGUCAACGUCAGGCCCAGUGCCUUAUGGGAUGGACAUUCCUGGGGUAAUUAGGAUAUUCGACAAUAAGGGACGAAAAGUGCAACAGAGCCACUUCCCUUCAGGGGGAAGUUACAGCAUCCCCGCAAAUGAGGGAUCAUUCGGUCUGCACGGAGACAGAGUCAUCAGACUUGGCAUGAACAUGUACGCUGUGAACCUUGCACAGGAAUCAUCCAAGUCUCCCCCAGUCCAAACAGACAACUCAACUCCCAAUCUGCUGGCUAAAGAGGAGCUCAAUCUGCUGGCCCGCCUAAUGGGCAAGGUUGAAAUUGAGAAUGUGUCCACUUCGGAAAGCGGCUUUCAGAUUAAUUUAUUUGCUGCGAUCCAAGAGGACGAGGCUGGCGCUUCAGGUGGAGCUGAAGAUUCUUUGGGAGUGUUAAAUAUCCAAGCGUUGCAGGAUGAACAUUCUGCAACCCAGCUAGCUCAAAUAGCCGGACUUUUUGCAGAAGAAGAGGAUGUGCCUGAAAACGUGAGCAGCAACAAAGGGGACGACUUGCUGGCCAUGAUGGAUGACCUUUGACCCUUGUGUGUGGUUUCAGUUAGUUGCACUGACAUGUUUAUUGCUUCAGCUUCAUGGGCAGAAUUUUCAAUAACUUGUAUUUUUUCCUUAAUAUUUUCUUGCAUACUGAAUAUAGUUAUCAUUUUAUUUGAUGACAAGCUACAAGCUACUUUUACUGUAUUUACUUUAUUUGAUCAGGUUUUCAAAAUGGCAACAGAGAUUAAUUAAUUCUUGGAUUGCUUUACUUCAACUUUAUGAAUACUAUAAUAAUGGAUGUUUUCAUUUAUUGCAAUUAACAUCAUUUUUUCG